AUUCCAUCACUGUGAUGGCCCAUACAUUUUUUAAAUGAUCCUUAACUUUUAAAAGGUAAGGUCAUAUUUCUGUUCUCCUUCCCAAUAUCUGAUGUAGUCAGUCUAAAGAGUCUUGUUAUUAGCACAAUCCCAUCAUUAGUGUAAUUAGUGUUGUGGUGGUGACGUUUCAGCUGGCGAAAUGAUGUCAGUCGCUCAGCAGUUUCUUGAGGAUCAGAUGCAUCCCACAGUAAUUAUUGGAGCUUACAGGCAAGCCAUGGAUGACAUGCUCGAGAUUUUGAAAGAUCAAAUCAGCGUUCCAGUUGAUGUUGAAAAUAGGGAGGAAAUGUUGAAGAUUGUAAGAAGCUCUGUGGGAACAAAAUUUGUCCAUCAUUGGGGAGAUUUGGCUUGUAACAUAGCUUUAGAUGCAGUACGAACUAUUGCAAGAGAUCAAGGAGACACAAAAGAGAUAGACAUAAAAAAUUAUGCCAAAGUGGAAAAGAUCCCUGGAGGUGAACUUGAAGAUUCAUGUGUUUUAUCUGGGGUCAUGGUUAACAAAGAUGUUACUCAUCCAAGAAUGAAAAGGAGAAUAGAAAAUCCUAGGAUAGUUCUUUUGGAUUGUUCUCUGGAGUACAAGAAAGGGGAAAGUCAAACUAGCUUAGAAAUAUCCAAAGAAGCAGACUUCAAUCGUAUUCUUCAGCUAGAAGAGGAGUAUAUCCAAAAAGUUUGUAGUGAUGUUAUAGCCUUAAAACCUGAUGUUGUCUUCACAGAAAAAGGAGUAUCAGAUCUUGCCCAGCAUUUCCUUGUGAAGAACGGAAUAACAGCAAUACGCCGUAUAAGGAAAACAGACAACAAUCGUAUUGCCCGCGCAUGCGGUGCAACCAUUGUGAACAGAACAGAAGAACUGAAAGAAGAAGAUAUAGGCACUGGGGCUGGAUUGUUUGAAAUUAAGAAGUUCGGGGAUGAGUACUUUUGUUUCAUAACUGAAUGCGAGAAUCCCAAGGCUUGCACAAUCUUGCUAAGAGGAGCCAGUAAAGACAUCUUAAAUGAGGUUGAACGUAACCUUCAUGAUGCCAUGAAUGUAGCGCGGAAUGUCAUGUUGGAUCCCAGACUGGUGCCAGGUGGGGGAGCUGCCGAGAUGGCUCUUGCCCAUGUGUUAACAGAGAAAGCUAAGUCAGUAGCAGGUGUUCAACAGUGGCCUUACAAAGCAGUUGCCAAAGCUCUGGAAGUGAUUCCACGUACUUUGAUCCAGAACUGUGGAGCUAACACUAUCAGAACUCUCACAGCACUCAGGGCAAAGCACGCAGUAGAUAGUAACACAACCUGGGGUGUUAAUGGCGAGACUGGUGAAAUCACGGACAUGAAUACUCUUGGCGUAUGGGACACUUAUUCUGUUAAAGCACAAACUUUCAAGACCGCCAUUGAGACGGCCAUGCUUUUGCUGCGGAUUGAUGACAUUGUGUCGGGAACUAAGAAAGCCAGUGGAAAGGAAGGUUCACAGUCAGGAGCUGCUCCUACCACAACGCCAGAAGAUUGAGACGAAUAACUGUGACGAAUUGCGAAACCAAACCAGCAGAGAGCCAUUAUCUUUGCCAAUAAACCGACAGCUAGGGCGUGGUUUGCUCAAGCGCUUUCGCGAUAACAAAAUUAGUUUCAUAAUGCCGAAGAGUUCUUUCAACCACAACGACUCAACAUCUGAGUCUUUAAGUUAGUAAAGUACCCUGAAACCAAGAUUCACAGCAGUCAAUAUAAAGAUUCUGUGUCUUCAUGCUGUCUCUUAACGUAAUUUGUUUGCAGCUUGAAGAUAACGGUGGACAUGGACCUUCCCUUUCAUUUCAAAUGCAUCUUUAAAAAGAAAUGAGGAAAAUGGCUACCAUCUUUUCUGGUUUCUUAUUCAAUUAUUUAAAUCUCUAAAGCGCUCCCUUAAGUGCUCACAUUCUCUCUCGGGUGUUCAGUGAAGAUUGAAGUCGGUAUUGUGUUGAAAUCGGUAAAAUAUAAUAAACCAACCAUGAAAAAUGA